ACCACCCCAUUCCGGGGGGAGUAAUGGAGGCAGUGUGGGACAGGUGUGUAAGUGUUUGGGAGGAGUGUGUAUGCCUCUGUGAUGUGCUUGUGUCUGCAUGUGAGGCGAGUGUGUGUUUCCUAGGGUUGUGUGUGAGUGUGCUGGAGUUGGGCUUUCGUGUUGCCCCUUGGAUUCCUUAUACUGGACUGGCUGUGUUGAUCUGGCACUUCACUUGCAGGAAGAUUCGCUAUCAUGCCAAUACCAAUCACGAAAAACAUGUUUCUGAAAACUCUACAAAUGGGUUUUUUCUUUCCUUUUCUCUUUCAGACAAGUCCAUCACAAUGCAGGCAACACCAGAGGACCCCACCAAGAUGGGUGUAGGGAAGGCCAUCGCUGUCCUCACGUCCGGGGGAGAUUCACAGGGUAUGAAUGCUGCCGUUAGAGCUGUAGUGAGAGUAGGCAUCUACACUGGUGCUAAAGUCUACGUUGUGUAUGAGGGAUAUCAGGGUCUAGUGGAUGGACGUGACCACAUCUGCCAAGCAACAUGGGAGAGUGUAUCUAUGAUGCUGCAACUGGGUGGCACAGUGAUUGGCACUGCCCGCUGUCAAGAUUUCCGCACUAAGGAGGGUCGUACUAAUGCAGCAUGUAACCUGGUGAAGCUGGGCAUCACUAACCUGUGUGUGAUUGGUGGAGACGGCAGUCUGACGGGGGCCAACCAGUUCCGUUCCGAGUGGAGUGAGCUGCUCCAGAUCCUGGUCAAAGCAGGUAAGAUCACAGCAGAAGAAGCCAAGCAGUCAUCUCAUCUGAACAUUGUAGGGAUGGUUGGCUCUAUAGACAAUGAUUUCUGUGGCACUGACAUGACAAUCGGAACAGACUCAGCUUUGCAUAGGAUCAUAGAGGUGGUGGAUGCCAUAACAACCACAGCACAGAGUCAUCAAAGAGCCUUUAUUCUAGAGGUGAUGGGCAGGCAUUGUGGGUAUUUGGCCUUAGUAACAGCUCUGGCAAGUGGGGCGGACUGGGUAUUUAUUCCUGAGAUGCCUCCAGAUGAUGGCUGGGAAGAUCAUCUGUGCAGGAGACUCACUGAUCAAAGAAGUCUGGGCUAUCGUCUUAACGUUAUCAUUGUGGCUGAGGGAGCUACAGAUCGCUUUGGCAAACCCAUCACAUGUGACAUGAUCAAGAAUCUUGUCACCAAGAAACUUGGCUUUGACACUCGAGCUACAAUCCUGGGCCAUGUACAGAGAGGAGGAACACCAUCAGCCUUCGACAGAAUACUGGGCAGUAGGAUGGGAGUGGAGGCUGUGAUGGCCUUACUGGAGGCCACACCUGAAACACCUGCGUGUGUGGUCAGUUUGUCGGGCAAUCAGGCUGUGCGACUGCCCCUCAUGGAGUGCGUACAAGUGACUAAAGAUGUGACCAAAGCCAUGGCAGAUGGCAGGUUUGAAGAGGCUGUAAAGCUCAGGGGAAAGAGCUUCGAGAGCAACUGGAACACGUAUAAGCUGCUCGCUCACGUGAAUCCCGCUGAGGUGAAGAGUAAUAUAAAUAUUGGCAUAAUGAAUGUGGGCGCCCCGUGUGCAGGUAUGAAUGCAGCUGUCCGUUCUGCAGUCAGGACUGGCAUCCUACAGGGACAUCAUAUGCUGGUUAUACACGACGGCUUCGAGGGACUCGCUCACGGACAUAUCGAGCCUAUUUCAUGGGCAGCUGUUGGGAACUGGACUGGAGAGGGAGGUUCUAACCUGGGAACUAAGAGGACAUUGCCAAGAAGUAUGAUCGAAGACAUCAGUCUCAAUGUAGCUAAGUUCAAUAUUCAUGCUCUGGUCGUCAUUGGAGGAUUUGAGGCAUUUGUCGGAGGUAUGGAUUUGGUGACUGCCAGAGAGAAGUAUGAGGAAUUGUGUAUUCCCAUUGUUGUCAUUCCAGCUACCGUUUCCAACAAUGUUCCUGGAUCUGACUUUAGCAUUGGAGCUGAUACUGCUCUUAACACCAUUACAACAACAUGUGACAGGAUAAAGCAAUCUGCAGCUGGGACAAAGCGCAGAGUUUUCAUCAUUGAGACUAUGGGGGGAUACUGCGGAUAUCUGGCAACCAUGGCAGGCCUUGCUGGAGGAGCUGAUGCUGCUUAUAUUUAUGAAGAACCUUUUGGUAUCCAUGACCUGGAGGUAAAUGUUGAACAUUUGGUGGAAAAGAUGAAGACCACUGUGAAAAGAGGCCUCGUCCUCAGGAAUGAAAAAUGUAACCCCAACUACACAACAGACUUCAUAUUCAACUUGUACUCUGAGGAGGGCAAAGGAGUCUUUGACUGUCGCAAAAACGUGCUGGGGCACGUGCAGCAGGGUGGGACUCCAUCACCAUUUGACAGAAACUUUGGGACUAAAUUGGGUUCUAAAGCGAUAUUGUGGCUGACAGAUAAACUGAAGGAGUGCUACAGACACGGUCGCAUCUUUGCCAACACGCCAGACUCUGCCUGUGUUCUGGGCAUGAGGAAGAAAGCCUUGGUCUUCCAGUCUCUUGCUGAGCUCAAACUAAACUCUGACUUUGAGCAUCGUAUUCCCAAGUCUCAGUGGUGGUUAAAGCUGAGGCCCAUUUUGAAGAUUCUGGCCAAAUACAAGGUCAGCCUAGAUAUCUCAGAGAAGACAAUCAUGGAGAGUAUUAUCAAGAAGAGAGGAGUGAUCUAGACACACAGACACACACUGGCCUAGAGUAUUACAAUAGCCAUGCACUGAUUGAUCACUCACUUUCUAAGUCUUCCCUAUUUCUGAACUUCUCAUCAAGGAUCUGUGAUCCUCUUUCCCAUAUCUUCACUUGUUUCACGUCACAGUGUCUUGAUUUAUUUAAAUGUCCCAUGUCCUGGAUGUACAAAAGGUACUCAUUACACUAAGAUGCUAAAGCAGCAAAUAAAUAAAUAAAGACCGCGCUAAAACGGUGUCAGUGUGAAUCCGUUAAAAUUACACACAACAGCAUUCACAUCACAUGUGCAUUAAGAAUUAAUGAGAAAAAAUAGAAGUAAAACUGUUGUUGUUACUCCUGUUUCUUUGUUACUUUGUUCUGUUACUUUCUUUCUCCUAACCCAGAAUAUAGAGUGUAUUUCUCUAGUUUCCAUUCUAAAAUCCAGUACUCUAGUUUCACUAAAUUCAAAUGUGAAUAAAGAAAGAAUAUGCUGUUUUA